GCCAUGGUGGACGAACCGGUUGUUCCGCUGGCUAACGUGUUGCACACGCGGAAUAUCCAGCAGCUGCUGAACAUUACCAGCGAGGAGCAGGUGUUGGUGAACAAGAUUAACGAGUUUUUGAGAGAGAACGAGAAGGCGGCGUGGCCGGCCGAGGACGUCGUCUCGAGGCUGAGGUGCAGCAACAACGAUUAUCAGGCGGUGGCACUGGAAAUUUUAGUGGCGCCGGCGCAGGAGCAGCCCGAAGAGUGGACGCAGGUGGGAAAGAAAAAGGCGGAGAGUCGAGUGGAGGCGCAGCCGGAUGUCAAGAAGAGGCAGGGAGUCAAGGAGGCGAGGGUCGAGUCGAGACAGGGGGGGAGGAGGAAGAAGGAGGGUCGAGUUGGCGCGCCCGCGAGAGCGAAGUUGGGGAAGGGGGGCCAGCAGCAGGGGUAUAGAUACAGGGUGGAGGCGUCUCCUGGGGCGAGCGGUCAGGCGAAGCUGUGGAACCACGUUGUGUCUGGGGAGGCGCCGGGCGUCGAGAGGCAGGAGGAGUCGGAGUCUGGGCGAGUGGAGAGGAGACAGGACCGCCGGGAGGUGGCGGUGGGGGGGAGAGGGGGCGACCAGGAGUCGAGUAGGAAUCGGUCGCCCAGAAGGUCUUCUGUUCAACGGGCUAGGGGUCAGCCUGCUAGGAGGUGCGGAUACGUGGUGCGUCAGGGAGCGGCGGCGCCCGCUAGGGGUCGAGGUGGCGUGAGGUUUGAGCCGGCCGACGCGGAGAAGAGGUACAAGUCCAAGAGGGAGGAGUAUCACCGGGUCGGCGUUUUGGAGGCGGAGGAUCGGUCCGAGCGCCUCCAACCGCCUGGGUCCGGCGAGGUCGGAGGGACCGAGGAGGGAGAGCCGAGGAGAGUUGCGGAAAAAGAGUCCGAGGUGGCCAAGUCCGAAGAGUCUUUUUUGUUUUCCGUCGCGGUUUCCGUCGCGGAAUCGGAGGCCGACUCGGUCGCUGCGGAGUCGGCCGGCGCGGACGCCAAGUCUUCUGCCAGUCCGGAGGGGGCGUGUCAGCAACCGGCGAGGGCGAAGGUCAUCAUGCCGAGCGACUUCGCGCCCGCCGCCGACGUGCUGCCGUUGUCCGACUUCAGCCCCAGGAAGGGGUUCAUAUCCAAGACGGUGAUGACCAGGAGAGAUGCGACCGGCAACGGCGAACAGCAACAGGGCGCGUCCUCACCGUCGGUUCAGCCGUCGCCCUCUUUCCACGGCACGCCGUCGUCCAGCAAGAAGCACGCGCCCAAUGCCGGCGCUUCCCCGGACAACGGCCAACGCUAUUCUGGAUCGGUUCCCGUUAGGAACGGGGGCAGCGGCAACAACCGCAAUCACUCUCAACUCGCCCCCGUCCCCUUCAACGACGUCCUGGCUACGAGCGCCGCCUCCUCGACGCUCGCCCCCUCCUCGUCCGGCGGCGCCUCCUCUUCUCUCAACUCCUCCCUGCUCUUUAACAACAAGAACUACCGCCACUUUCACGCCUCUUCCGCCGCGUCCGGGUCUCCUCACACCCUCCAUCCGGCCUCCUACAACCUCCCGGCCAGCAACGCGGGUCUCGAGAGCAACCUCACCUCCGCUCUCUCUCACUCCGCCUCCUCUCACCCGAGCGCCGCUCAAUCCAGCUCCGCCAACGCCGACGGCAACGGCGGCAACCAACACCGCUACGGAGGAACGACGUCUCCCAUGAUCUCUCCCUACUCCUAUCCCCCUCUCCCGCUCGUCAUCCCCCACUUCAUCUCUCCCUUCGUCUACGACACCAUGGACCACACCCGCGGCAUGAUCCCCCAGUACUGGAGCGAGCCGUCCAUGAUGGUCUGGUCCCUUCCCGGACCCCAACGCGGACCACAAGCACCCCAACACCCGCCGCCCCAACCGGCCCUUCAACAGCCCAUCCCCCAAUCCUCCGCCCCCCAACCGCCGCUCCCCCAAUCCUCCACCUCCCAGCAAGCGGGCGCAUCCCAACAGGCCCUCCAGCCCCCCCAGUCCGGCUCCCAACCCCCUCUGCAGCAACCAGGACUCCAGCCCUCCCAAGCCGCCCUGCCCCAGCAACCCCCCCUCAGAAACGUGCCAGGACACCAAAACCCCAGCGGCAAGGGCAGCCCCCUGUUCUCCGGCAACAUGGACGCCCCCCCCAGCGGGCCCGACCCCCACUUCCACCUGUCACCCCAUCCAUCCAGAAAAACCCCUGAGCCCCGCCCUCCGCCGGCAGCUCGUCCUCGUCCUCCUCCACCAACUCGCCCUCCUCCACCUCCGGGUCCACCACCUCCCCAUUCAACACCCUCAACAACCCCUCCAACUCUCACCUCCAACCUCCAUACACCGACUACAACCCCACCACCUCCAACCACUACAUCCCCUUCGCCUCCUACCCCCCCCGGCGUCAUCGUCCCCCGCACCUACCCCACCCAGCCCUUCCCACCCUCCAACCUCAGCUCCCUCCCCCCCAACCAAUCCCACUCCUUCUCUAACGCCCCCGGCUUCGCCUACACCCCACCCUACCCCUACAAAGCCGCCCUCUACCACCAAUACGACGAGGACUGGAACACCCACAACCCCCCCUCCUCCUCCGCCCCCCACAACCCCGCCGACUGUCGACCCCAACACCCCUCCACCUUCGCCCCCUCCGAGCACACCUCCUUCAUGUCCUCGCACAACUCCUUCUACCACCCAGCCCCCCCGCACCUCCACCUGCCCUCCAACAACGCGCCCGCCCUCAAGGUCGAAACCCUCCCGGACCUCUCCAAACUCGGCUACCAGCCAGAACACAGCUCCUUCAUGCUCUAG